GGCUCGCAUGCCGAGGGGCUCCGGGGCGUAGCUGCGCGCCCGGCGCCGCCUCCGGGCUCCUCCGGCCCCGCCAUGGGCUGCUGCAGCUCCGCCUCCGCCGCGCAGAGCUCCAAACGAGACUGGAAGCCACUGGAGGAUCGUAGCUGCACAGACAUACCAUGGCUGCUGCUUUUUGUCCUCUUCUGCAUUGGGAUGGGAUUUAUUUGUGGCUUUUCAGUAGCAACAGGUGCAGCAGCAAGACUAGUGUCAGGAUACGACAGCUAUGGAAAUAUCUGUGGGCAGAGAAAUGCAAAGCUGGAAGCAAUACCAAACAGUGGCCUGGACCACACCCACCGGAAGUAUGUGUUCUUUUUGGAUCCAUGCAACCUGGACUUAAAAACAAUGAAGAUCAAAUCUACAGCACUGUGUGUAGCAGCGUGUCCAAGCCAAGAGCUGAAAACCUUGAGUGACGUCCAGAAGUUUGCAGAGGUCAAUGGCUCAGCACUAUGUAGCUACAACAUAAAGCCUUCUGAAUACACUCUGUCUUCAAAGUCCGCUGGCUUCUGCCCCAAACUACCAGUACCAGCCAGUGCACCUAUUCCAUUCUUCCAUCGCUGUGCUCCCGUGAACAUUUCCUGCUAUGCCAAGUUUGCAGAGGCCCUGAUCACCUUUGUCAGUGACAAUAGUGUCUUACACAGGCUGAUUAGUGGAGUAAUGACCAGCAAAGAAAUUAUAUUGGGACUUUGCUUGUUAUCACUAGUUCUGUCCAUGAUUUUGAUGGUGAUUAUCAGGUAUAUAUCAAGAGUGCUUGUGUGGAUCUUAACAAUUCUGGUCAUACUGGGUUCACUUGGUGGCACGGGAGUACUGUGGUGGCUAUAUGCAAAGCAGAGAAGAUUCCCCAAAGAAGCAGUUAUUCCUGAGCAGCUUCAGAUGGCUGAAGACAAUCUGCGGGCCCUCCUCAUCUAUGCCAUUUCAGCUACAGUGUUCACUGUCAUCUUGUUCCUGAUAAUGCUGGUUAUGCGCAAGCGUGUUGCUCUCACCAUCGCCUUGUUUCACGUGGCCGGCAAGGUCUUCAUACACUUGCCGCUGCUAGUCUUCCAGCCCUUCUGGACGUUCUUUGCUCUUGUUUUGUUUUGGGCAUACUGGAUAAUGACACUCCUUUUCCUUGGCACUACCGGCAGCGCUGUUCAGAAUGAACAAGGUUUCGUGGAGUACAAAAUUUCUGGGCCUUUGCAGUACAUGUGGUGGUACCAUGUGGUUGGCCUUGUCUGGAUCAGUGAGUUCAUUCUCGCAUGCCAGCAGAUGACUGUGGCAGGGGCUGUGGUAACAUACUACUUCACCAGGGAUAAAAGGAAUUUGCCAUUCACACCUAUUCUGGCAUCAGUGAACCGCCUUAUUCGUUACCACCUUGGUACUGUGGCGAAAGGUUCCUUCAUCAUCACCCUGGUCAAAAUCCCAAGGAUGAUCCUAAUGUACGUCCACAGUCAGCUCAAAGGAAAGGAAAAUGCUUGUGCACGGUGUAUGCUGAAAUCUUGCAUUUGUUGCCUUUGGUGUCUUGAAAAGUGCCUAAAUUACUUAAAUCAGAAUGCAUACACAGCCACAGCUAUCAACAGCACCAACUUCUGCACCUCAGCAAAGGAUGCCUUUGUCAUCCUAGUGGAGAAUGCCCUGCGAGUGGCUGCCAUCAACACGGUGGGGGACUUCAUGUUAUUUCUAGGCAAGGUGCUGAUAGUCUGCAGCACCGGUUUGGCUGGGAUUAUGCUGCUCAACUACCAGCGAGAUUACACAGUAUGGGUGCUGCCUCUGAUCAUCGUCUGCCUCUUUGCUUUCCUAGUCGCUCAUUGCUUCCUGUCCAUUUACGAAAUGGUAGUGGAUGUAUUGUUCUUGUGUUUUGCCAUUGAUACAAAAUACAAUGAUGGGAGCCCUGGCCGAGAAUUCUAUAUGGAUAAAGUGCUGAUGGAGUUUGUGGAAAACAGUAGGAAAGCAAUGAAAGAAGCCGGUAAGGGAGGCGUUGCGGAUGCCAGAGAGCUAAAGCCGAUGGCUUCGGGAGCAAGUUCUGCUUGAACAUAGCCGACGGUUAUGGACCCCAUUGACAUUCCAAAACAAUAUAUACACAUAACUAUGUCUUUGUGUGUGUGGGUGUGUGUAUAUAUGUAUGUGUGUAUGUAUAUGCAUACGUAUAUACACACACACACAUAAUCAGCCAAAAUCAGAGAAAAGGAACAGGGAUUUAAUACCUUUUUUAUGCUUAUUUUUGUCAAACAUGUACUCCUUUCAUACGGGUGGCUUUUACAAGGCAACUUCCGUCAUUUAAUGUUUUCAAUUGUAAUUGUCUUAAUGGAAAUGUUAGAUUCAUAUCUGAUUAACAUUUUUAAUAACUAGAGGAAAUUUUAACUUUAGUUACUUAACCUAGGUAAAAUUAUUAUACCAAAUUCUUGUGUAAGUUUUUGCAGGGGUGAUUUCCCUGGUGUGUGUUUAAAAUCAGUAUCUUAUUUUACUGACGCAUAAGUCCUAGUGUGUCAGGCUAGGCGUGUGCGUCCAGGUAAAUAAGAGACUUCUCAAAUCUGUUUUCCCCAAUCAAAGAAGCCAUGCCAUUUUCCUUUCCGAAGCAUCUGAGUGGGCCCUUUAUGGGAAGUUUCAUAGUAACUCAUGCAUUUGUCAGCCGACAUUCAAAAGUAACCAACUCCUCAGGUAUUUGUAGUUUACCCUAAAGCUUCUGUAGAAGAGAGUGAGAAAAAUAGAGAGAGAAAGGGGUAGAUGAUCUUUAUUAUGCAAACUUUUUUCUUGUAUUUUGUCUCGUUCCUUUUUGAUUCCUGGUAGCAUCCGCCACACAUUUGUGUGCCUGAUUUGAAAGGAAGCUGGGGCACCCAGCAAGUGUAGCCUUUACGUUUCUGCGUAUUGAUUUUCACCUUAGGUAAUUCUAGAAGGAAUACAAGAGAGAGGGAUGAAACAUGACGCAUUGGGAUUCUCAGUGCUUCGCUUCUGUUUCAGAGACAAGUCAGGAGCUUAGGGUUAAACGGCCAUCUAUUCAAAUGCUUGCUAUAAAAUCUGAACACACUGGCAGGUGCUCCACUCCUUGGCUAUCUGUUGAGUAUCCAGAGUUCUACAGUGUUUAGCUGAAGAAUUGGUUAGUGUUGUUAAUCCUCAAGUGUGAAUGUGCUUUAUGUUUGAGGGUACGUUUGGGGUUUUUUUGUUUUGUUUUGCUGGAUUUUUUUUUUU